UAUGUGGUUAUUCACGGCAGAGAAAUUGAUUUUUUACUUAUUCUAUACGAAGAUUCACUAAAUUCCAUUCCAAAAACUUCAAGCAAACAAAUUUUCAGCAUGUCAGGCCGUGACGGUGGUAAGAAGAAGCCCCUGAAGGCCCCUAAGAAGGAUGCAAAGGAGCUGGACGACGACGACAUGGCCUUCAAGCAGAAGCAGAAGGAGCAGCAGAAGGCCUUGGCCGAGGCAGCAAAAAAAGCAGGCCAGAAAGGUCCUUUGGUCACUGGUGGCAUCAAAAAAUCUGGAAAGAAGUGAACAUUCAGACUUGCGCUUCUUUAAAAUCAUGAAAACAUUUUUUAAUCAAUAUUUUUACGUUCCUCACACCUCUGUAAGUCAGACCGAUGUCUAAUAUUAAUAAAUCCACACAAGUGUUCAUUUGUAAAUAAACAAUCAAUUGAACAACGUCA